AUUAGAGACUCGAACGUAAAAAUGGGUUUUGUAUAGUGAAAAUAAAUGAACUGAAUUUCGAUCUUCUUUUCUUUUCGAUCGAAACUUAAAAAUAAGCUCUCAACCAAACUGUAUUUUUUCUGCUUUUCGAUCAUCUUCCAGUGAGCUUGGCCGGUCCUGACUCCUGAGAACUGGGCGAGAGAUUUUCGGGAUAGAGCGAUGGAGGGAAGGGAAGAAGCGUCAGCAACUGAAUUCGGGCUUUGGAAUAGACAAACAGUACCAGAAGUUAUGAAAAUACUGAGCACUAGACUCCCCCAGAGAGACCUCACCUCCCUAUUGCUCCUCAGCCCUUGGGUUCACCGCGCUCUCAACUCUCACCCCUCCCUCUGGCUGGUCAGCUUCUCUCUAUUUCUUGAAUACCCAUAUCUCUCCCCUCUGUAUGUGUUUGAAGAUUGCCUUUCUUCCAUCUACAUAUAUUUUUCAUUUUUGCAUUUGUGAAUUUGAUUUUCUUACUAGUCCUUGUGGAACCCUUCCUUUUCAGGCACUUGAUUUUCAUGAGAUGACUGAUGCAGGAAAUCGCCUCGUGGCUGCCCUUUCUCUUCUAAGAUAUCGGAAUGUGAGGCAUAUAAACCUUGAGUUUGCACAGGGCGUCGAAGAUGGGAACCUCCAAGAUGUCAAGAGAAAGUGUGUGGAUUCCCUUCAAAACCUUGAGAUAUUGAAUCUAAAUGGCUGUCAAAAGAUCUCAGAUAAAGGAAUUGAAGCCAUAACAAGUAUUUGCCCCAAACUGAAGGGAUUAUCCAUAUAUUGGAAUAUCAGGGUCACAGAUGCUGGCAUAAUGCACUUAGUGAGAAACUGCAAACUUGUGGUUGAUUUGAAUUUGAGUGGAUGUAAGACUAUUACAGAUCAAACGUUGCAUCUAAUUGCUGACACCUAUCAAAAUAUGGAUUCGCUGAACAUCACUAGGUGCAUCAAGCUGACAGAUAGUGGUUUGCAAAGAAUAUUGCUGAAAUGUGCUUCUCUUCAAAGUCUGAACCUUUAUGCCCUUUCUGUGUUUACGGAUGAAGCUUACAAGAAGAUAUCACUUUUGCCUCAUCUGAAAUUCCUUGAUCUCUGUGGUGCCCAGACGAUGGGCUUUCUUGUAUUGCACAUUGUAAAAGGCUACUGUCUCUCAAUCUGACAUGGUGUGUAAGAGUUACCGAUAUGGGGGUCAUAGCAAUUGCGCAAAGUUGCAUUUCCCUUGAAUUUCUAAGUUUAUUUGGAAUAGUUGGGGUGACUGACAAAUCCCUGGAGGCACUCUCAAGCUUUUGUUCAAAAACACUAACAACUUUGGAUGUGAAUGGUUGUAUUGACAUAAAGAAUCGAACUCGGGAUCAACUGCUCAAGAUGUUUCCUAACCUGAAGUGCUUCAAAGUGCAUAGCUGAUGUUUGGUUGUUUGGAUUCAAAUCUUUCUUCGGGAGCAUAUAUCACCACACUAGGUCUUUCUAAUGCAGUGGUGCAACAUAAUCUGUUGUUAAAACAGCCCUGCUUAUCAUAUUUUGAGGACUCACAAUUCUGUCAUCUCCGAUGCUUUCUGUCUCCCCUGCAUACCCAGUCAACUGCUCAUGCAAGAGGUUAAAAUUUGCUAUUUAGGCAUCGAGCUCUCAUCAACCAUUCCUAUGCGCUACUAAAGUUCAAUUGAAAAUGUUUUUUCCUUUGCCUUUGCAGAAGGUUUCCAACUUGACAUGUAUGAUAUAACUCUUGCAUUUCUUUUCUUCAAUCGAAAGAAUAGAAAGCAAUGACAUCAAUCCUUAUCUGUGUAUGUGCGCCUAUUUUCAUUUCUAGUUUGUCAAUAGGCUGUUUGCUUAAGAUUUUGUUAGUCACACGAUUUUCUUUUUAUCCGUGUCAGUUAUUUCUCGCAAAUCACAUUUCAAUCAUUACUGUUUUCACUCGUUUCCUCUUAAGAAAAAGAUAAUGUUAUUCCUUAUUUCUCGCUAAGCACAUUUCAACCAUAUUGUUUCACCUUUUAACCUCCAUUUCUGAUCAAAUCGAGGGUUUAAUUUAGGACGGAUUGAUUUGGUACUAACAAACUUCAGGUGAUAAUGUGAUAUUGUUAUGCACUUCUCGAACUUUUAUCUUUAGUAAGGUCCUUCACACCUAUUUUAAAACUUGAUCCAGGUGGGCACACGUGGAAUGCAUGUCUGAUAAGCUUGGGACGGUAAUCAGGGCGGAUCUACCUUAGGGCCAGCGAGGGCCCGGGCCCCACCUAAAAAAAAUUACUCCAUCCGUUCAGUUGGAUUUUACCAACUUUCCCUUUUUGGUUGUUCCAAAAAACCUUGUCACUUUCAUAUUAAAGCAACUAAUUUUUUGUCCUGCACAUUUCUCAACUCUGCACAAAUUUCAACUAUACAGUUUUCACUAUUUUUAUUUCUCAUCUACUUUACAUUUGACAAAGUCAACCGGGACAGAGGUAGUAUAGAGUGUGUGUAUGGAAGAUUUCAAAUAAAAAGAGGUGCUUCCGUGUAAAGUGUGAACAUUUGCAUUUUUUCCUCACCGCGUUGCACUAUUUCAUGUUUUCAGGUGCACUUUUCCGCGGUUGCAGAAAACUUCGAUUUAUUUACCAAAUUGUCAUCGCGUUUUUUUUAUCAAAUUUAGUGUAUUUUUGGCUCAUUUUGAGCCAUGAGAUCUUAAAAUGAAUGCAUGAGAUUAAUUCUCACUUUGCAUUGGAAGACCUCUUUGUGUUUGAACUCUCCCAUAUAUAUGUAAUCCCUCCGUCCUAAAAUGAACUUCAUAGUCACCAUAUAUAUGUCUG